CCAGCCCACCAUGGAUGUAUAAAGCCCGUAAAACAGGAAGAAAACCCGGCCGAAACUCAAAACCCCUCCUCGUAGUAUCAAUACACGACAGACUAUUGAAAAUAUUUACUAUAAAAAACUAAAUAUCGCAGAGAAACAGCGUCUCGAGGACAGAGAACAGCCGUUUGGAUUCCAACUGAAGCUCUAACGGCUGUUAGCGUCGUUAGCUUGUUUGCUAACUCUAACAUAAAUCCGUGUUGAGAUUCUUCUACAGCUGGAUUGAUUUUUGGAUUAAAAGACUCCUUUUAACUUUCACCAUGGGAUCCAGAGCCUCUACGUUACUCCGAGAAGAGGAGAUUGAAGAGAUAAAGAAGGAGACAGGCUUCUCCCACAGUCAGAUCACCCGUCUGUACAGCCGCUUCACCAGCCUGGACAAAGGAGAGAACGGCACCCUCAGUCGAGAAGAUUUCCAGAGGAUUCCCGAGUUGGCCAUCAAUCCUCUGGGAGACCGAAUCAUCAACGCCUUCUUCCCCGAGGGGGAGGACCAGGUGAACUUCCGGGGCUUCAUGAGGACUUUAGCUCACUUCAGGCCCAUCGAGGACAACGAGAAGAGCAAGAACGCCGCCGUCAGCGAGCCGCUCAACAGCCGAACCAACAAGCUGCUGUUUGCUUUCCAACUGUAUGACCUGGACAGAGAUGACAAGAUCUCCCGGGACGAGCUGCUGCAGGUGUUACGGAUGAUGGUGGGUGUGAAUAUCUCUGAUGAGCAGCUGGGCAGCAUCGCUGACAGGACCAUUCAGGAGGCGGACACCAACGGAGACAACUCCAUCUCCUUCAACGAGUUCAUCAAGGUGUUGGAGAAAGUGGACGUGGAACAGAAAAUGAGCAUCCGGUUCCUGCACUAAACAGCUGAUGUUUUUUUUGUUUUGUUUUUUAAAAAUGUUGAGUAGAGCUUCAACAUGCGAGUUGGAGCCCGAACUCACAGCGGGCCACACUACGAGAACACGCUGUCGCCGGGUAGAUCACCUCAUAGAUCCUGUACACAAAGGGAAGUGCCUUGGGUUGUUUUAUGCAAUGUCACUGUGUUGUUUGGAACAUUAUUUAUUAGGAAACAUUUAGAGGGUUCUACUUUCCACAGGAGGAUUUAUGUUCUAGCUCGGUACGAUAACGCGUUCAAUAGCUAGUACAUGUUGUGUCUUUGUCUCUAUACUUAUGCAAUGGAUUAAUGUGUAAGAUGUGUGAUUCCACGUGGAAACAGACGGUGUUUUAAAUGCUAACAUGACUCCUUAAUAUCGCCGACAGCUCUGAGUUCGUUACUCGAUUUAAAGCUGAACGCACACUUUGUGUUUCACUCACUAAAGUGCCAUGGCUUCAUUAUCUCAACAGUGAACCCUUAUGGCCAUGUUUGUGUAUCUGUUUUUCAUAAUCUAGCUACUGCCAAUAGAUUGUAAUUACCUGUAGGAUUUAACCAAAGUGAGUUCCACGCUAUUUCAACGCCUGCUGGAGCUAGGACGUGUUUAAUGUCAUCAUUAAUUAACUCUGUUAUAGCGUGUCUUCCCUAAUAUAUGUUUAAAUUGGUAUUACCAGAUUUAGCUGCCACUGUGGCCUGAUUUAAAAAAAAAAAAAAAAAAGUGUUACCCCGUGUUUGAGUCGUCUGAAAGCCCUGUGGUGGAGAGUGGGAGGUUAGAUUUAACACUUAAAACCAGUAAAUCCAUAAUGGUGCAUCAUGCUUCCCUAAAUGUGAUCAGCUGCUAUGGGAAAGAUGUAUUACCAGGCACAGCGGUGACAAGGUUGCUGAUACGGUGUCGAAAUGUUUGUUGACGUUCAAACUGCUUCAACAUUCACUUGAUUUCCCCAUUUCUCAGUUCCAGCUGCUUUAGAGAAUCAGAUGCUUUAAUAAUAUAUAUUUUCUGUACAGGCUAAGUGUGACAUUAUAAUCUUUUAGUUUGUCAAAUCCUCACCCUGCAGCAGCCGACUGCAGGAAAUACGACUUGUUAAUCAUUAUGUGAUUAUCGAUCAGAUAUGAUUCACAUGUUACGUGAUGUUGGUAUUAUCUCAGUAAUUCAUCCAUUUUUGAUUUGAAUAAAAUUAAGUGCCAUGCUCGCUUUGUGUCUAUUUUA